UUACCGCGCCGCAUUGUUGGUUGGCUGCAUGUUCACUAUCGCGCAUGGCAGACCCGUGCUUCUCGUGACGCAGGCCACCCCCGGCGGGCAUCCCACUUUCGACUAUUCCGCACACGAGCAACAUCGCGACGACCGAAGAAGAGCAACCAGCAUACACCGUUUCCAGCCACGCAGCAGGAUACGCAGAAGAACUCGUAACUCGUGCAAGGCGCAAGAUCGAGAGUCGUUUACGGAAUCGACGCUGCAUUCGCACAGCACAGCGCGGAACAAGCAAUCGCCGACCGACCGACGAAAGACGACGUCGAAUCCGAUUGCUCGUUGGUCUCCGCAUGAGCGGCUACGAGUUGCCCGGCAUGACGCGCCCGCGGGGGUCGUCGGCCGCCAGCGAGGAUAGCACGGGCACGGUGCGCGAGCAGGAGCUGGGGAGCAUGUACGACUACCUGGCAAAGGUCAUACUGCUGGGGCCGAGCGGGACGGGCAAGUCCUGUCUUUUACAUCGCUUCGUAAAGAACGAGUGGCGCGUUCUCUCCUCCCAGACGAUCGGCGUCGAGUUCGCGAGCAAGAUCAUCAAGGUCGGCACUGGGGCCCGAAGGAAACGGAUAAAGCUACAGCUCUGGGACACGGCAGGAACCGAGCGCUUCCGCUCCGUAUCGCGGUCCUACUAUCGCGGCGCGGCGGGGGCUAUCCUCGUCUACGACAUUACCUCGCGCGCCUCGUUCCAAGGGCUGCAGCCCUUCCUCAACGACGCGCGGGCGCUCGCGUCGCCCAACCUCUCCCUCCUGCUGGUCGGCAACAAGCUGGACCUGGCGGGGGACCCGCUCGUAGACACGGGCGUGCCACCGCCGACCCCCGGCGGCAGCGUCAGCUCGGCCUCCUACGCCAGCACGCCGGUACCGUCGUCGUACUCGUCCACGUCCACGUCGACGAUCCACCCGGGCCUGGGCGCGCAGCUGAAGGCGACGGUGGCGCCCGACGGCCGCGAGGUGUCGGCGGUCGAGGCGAGCCGGUGGGCCAGCACGGUGCAGAUCCCCGUCGCCAUGGAGGUCAGCGCGUUCAGCGGGGAGGGCGUCGACGAGGUGUUUGGGCGCCUGGCGCGCAUGAUCCUGACCAAGAUCGAGCUCGGCGAGAUCGACCCGGACGACCCGAUGAGCGGCAUCCAGUACGGGGACGCGGGCGCCCUGUGGAACGCCGGCGCGAGCGACGGGGGCAGCAUCAAGAGCACCAUCACGGCGGACGACGUCGGCGUGGGUGGGCGAAGGAGGAGGCGAGGGAGGCGGACCGGGCAGGGGCUGAGGGAGUGGGAAGAGGUGUUUACGCUGACGGGGAGAAGACGGAAUAGGGGAUGUUGUUGACCAGGUACGGCAGGCUCGGGAAGAGAGGGGGG